CCUCCCCUGGAACAUUGGAAUCCCAGCAGCAGGUUUUGCCAGUCUCGUUUGUAAGGACAGCAUUUUGCACAGGAUAGACUCGGAGCAUUUUCAACUCGGGACCAGCAUCAAUGCGCACUCUCGGGGGUGGGGGGCACAUAUGCAUUUUAUCCUCCUUCAUUUCUGGGCACGAUCUCCUUCCCUUUGGUGUUGGCAUCAAUCCGUUUGCAUCCAGUGCCACUCUCCCUGCCUGAAGAUUUUCACCUCUCUCUCUGAGCGAGACAGGAAGAGGUUUUAAAGAUCGGUGUAUCUGGGAGAGCCUCAAGACAUGCACGUACCCGAGUGAGAGUGUUCCUGUCAACUGUGGAAACACUGUGGGACCUGAUAAAACUGCGCAGCAUUUAUUUUGAGGAGAGACCGUGCGCACGUGUAUGGUAUCGGGGCAAGACUUUAAAACUUAACUUCACGCCUCAUGGAGAAGCCCUGGAAAUGCGGAGAUUGUGGGAUUGGUUUCCGUUCCCCGUCUGCGCUGGAGAUUCACCGGCGCAUUCACACCGGGGAGAGGCCGUUCGCCUGCUCCGACUGUGGGAAGGGGUUCACCAAGUCGUCGUCCCUGCUUCGACACCGGCGGGUCCACACCGGGGAGAGGCCGUUCGCCUGCUCCGUGUGCGGGAAGGGCUUCACUCACUCGUCCGCCCUGCUGACCCACCAGCACGUUCACACCGGGGAGAGGCCUUUCACCUGCUCGGUGUGCGGGAAAGGGUUCAGAGACAAUUCCACCCUGCUCCGACACCGGCGGGUCCACACCGGGGAGAGACCGUUCUCCUGCCCCGAGUGCGGGAAGGGCUUCAAAGAUUCGUCCACGCUGCAGAAGCACCGGCGGGUCCACACCGGCGAGAGGCCGUUCGUGUGCUCCGAGUGCGGGAAGGGCUUCACUCAGUCGUGCCACUUGCUGACCCACCGGCCCGUUCACACCGGGGAGAGGCCGUUCUCCUGCUCCGAGUGCGGGAAGGGCUUCACUCAGUCUUCCACCCUGCUGAGACACCAGCGGGUCCACACCGGGGAGAGGCCGUUCAUCUGCUCCGAGUGCGGGAAGGGCUUCACUCGGUCGUCCAACCUGCUGACCCACCGGCGGGUUCACACCGGGGAGAGGCCGUUCUCCUGCUCUGAUUGCGGGAAGGGUUUCGGCGAUUCAUCUGCCCUGAGGCAUCACCAGGCGGUUCACACCGGGGAGUGGCCAUUCACCUGCUCGGUGUGCGGCAAAGGGUUCACCCAGUCGUCCCACCUGCUGAGCCACCAGCGCGUCCACACCGGGGAGAGGCCGUUCUCCUGCUCGGUGUGCGGGAAGGGCUUCGCCCAGUCCUCCACCCUGCUGACCCACCGGCGGGUCCACACUGGGGAGAGAGGCCUCUCGUCCGCAGGAAGGGAUUCGCCGGGACAGCCUGCCCGCUGAAACGCCAGCAAGUUCACC